AUGGAUCUUGAUCCAAUGAUAAAUAUUUCACAAGAUGAAAAUACUUAUUCAGAUUAUGAUAACCGACCUAUUCGACCAAUGGAUCAGGAUGCACUUAAUGAAGCACUUGCACGUUUACCGAUUCUUAUUGAUGAAGAUGAUUCGACGAGAAAUUCAGAUCUGAAUACAAGUAUAAAAUCACGACGACAACCAGUACUUGCAUAUUCAACAAGGCGUAAAAAUUUUUCUGAUGUUACUAUCAAUCAAACAGUAUUAAAUGUAACUGAAUCACCAACAAAUAACAAACGUAAAUUGGGUGGAUGUACACCAAUGAAUAAAUUUAUUAAACAAAUUGAUGCUCGUCAAGAUUUAAUGAAUCUUAAAGAAGAAAAUAAGAUUUUAGAAGAAGUUAAAGCUAAUUUACAACUUGAAUAUGUUUUAUUAAAAAAAUCACAUGAAACCGAAUUGGAAAGAUUAAAACAGGAACAUCAACAAGACAUCGAAACACUUAUACAAGAACAUAAUUUACAACGUGAACAAUUCAAUGCAUCUUUAGCCGAUAAAGAACAAACACUCUUUCAAACUAAUCUUGAACUUGAUAAUCUUCGAAAUAAUCAUAUGAUGUUAUUGUUAGAAAAAGAAACACUUGAUAAAAUUGUUGCUGAAUAUCAAUUAAUUAAAGAAGAAAUGAAUAAUAAAUUAAUUGAAAAUGAAAUAAUUAUAACAAAACUUCGAGAAGAAAUUGAAAAUAUGAAAACUAUUCAACAACAGGAACAAUUAACGUCGAAAUCUUCUUUAGCUACUGGUCGAAUGCCAAUAAAAGAAAUAUCAACCGAUCGAUCACGAGCUACUAACAAUACUAUUUCAAGAAAUACAAAUAAUGAAGUGAACCGAUCUAAAUCGAAUAAAAAAGUUUCGAAUACACGAGGACCUCUAUGUUCGGCAUCAUCUGUCACUACAAAUUUGAAUAAAUCAACAUCAUCAACAUGUUCAUCAACAUCAACAAAUAAACCACCUUUAUCAAAAUUAAAACUUAAACCAAAGGUUGUUAUUGAUGAUAAGAAGAAAUUAACAUCAACAGAUAAACAUACAAAUUUAGCAUCAACACAUUCAAAACCGAAAAUAGUCACUGUGAAAUAA